CCAGCAGCGACCGGAGCUGAAACUUUGUAACCCGAGCGCGCUGGCUCCACUCGACUCUUAGCCUCUGUGCAGCCGAGAGGGCGGCGCGGGAGGUGGGACCUGCAGGCGGGAAGGCUCGGACGCCAGUGCACGCCGAGCUGGGACCCGGGGAGAACACGCCGCUGCGUAGAGGUGGAGCUGGAGUAGGAGACGAACGCCAGGCCCGAGGACCCGAAGGGGUGGCCCCAGCCGUAGGCUCAAAGGAGCAGUGGGGAGCGGCGGGCUAGGAGAGUCCAGGGGGGUCUGGGGUUGCGGCCCGAGUUUCUGAAGCUGCCAUCACCCAGGAGUAGCAGCUGUGUCGGGGGCUCCCGGCGGUGGCGGAAGCAGAAGGAGCUGCAGCUGGACGGUGGCAGCUGGAGGAGCAGCCGGCUGUCCCGUGUGCCGGGGGGAGCACCGCGCUGCCCUGCGCUGGGAUGACCCACUGACAGCAGCCAUGCAUCCUUGACGGGGCGCAGGGACAGUCGCACGGUGAACCCUUCGGGAGACACAGUGGACGCGAGCAGCAGGACUUUACCGCCGACUCUAGCUCAGCUAGGAGCGAAGCCUUUUACCAUGGAACCCGUGACCAAGUGGAGCCCCAAGCAAGUGGUGGACUGGACUAGAGGGCUGGACGACUGCCUGCAGCAGUACGUCCACAAGUUUGAGCGGGAGAAGAUAAACGGCGAGCAGCUGCUGCGGAUCGCCCACCAGGACCUGGAGGAGCUGGGCAUCACGCGCAUUGGGCACCAGGAACUCGUGCUGGAGGCUGUCGACCUUCUCUGUGCCCUGAAUUAUGGCCUUGAAACCGACAAUAUGAAGAACUUGGUUCUGAAAUUGCGAGCGUCUUCCCACAACUUACAGAAUUACAUAAGUAGCCGGAGGAAAAGUCCCAGUUAUGACGGGAACACUUCCCACAAGCCCCCCAAUGAGUUCUUGACUUCCGUGGUGGAGCUCAUAGGCGCUGCCAAGGCCUUGCUGUCAUGGCUGGACCGGGCCCCAUUAACAGGGAUCACUGAUUUCUCGGUCACGAAGAAUAAAAUCAUUCAGCUUUGCUUGGACCUGACCACUACAGUCCAGAAGGAUUGUCUAGUAGCAGAAAUGGAGGAUAAAGUUCUAACCAUAGUCAAGGUUCUAAAUGGCAUCUGUGACAGAACGAUCCGGUCCACCGCGGACCCCAUCAUGAGCCAGUGCGCAUGCCUGGAGGAAGUGCACCUGCCGAACGUGAAGCCUGGGGAAGGCCUGGGCAUGUACAUCAAAUCAACCUAUGAUGGACUGCACGUGAUUACUGGAACCACUGAGAACUCUCCUGCAGACAGGUCUCAGAAGAUCCACGCUGGGGAUGAAGUCAUCCAGGUCAACCGGCAAACUGUGGUGGGAUGGCAGCUGAAAAAUCUGGUGAGAAAAUUGAGAGAGAAUCCGACGGGAGUUGUGCUCUUGCUGAAGAAGCGCCCCACAGGGUCCUUCAACUUCACUCCUGCGCCUCUGAAAAACCUGCGGUGGAAGCCGCCUGUCGUGCAGACCUCGCCUCCACCCACCACCACCCAGUCCCCCGAAAGCACCAUGGAUACCUCGCUGAAGAAGGAAAAGCCAGCCAUCCUGGACCUUUACAUUCCUCCCCCGCCGGCCGUGCCCUACUCUCCCCGGGACGAGAAUGGGAGCUUCGCUUACGGAGGGGUCACUAAGUGCAAACAAGUCGUGCCUGCUCCCAAGGGUUCAGAGUCCCCCAAUUCCUUCCUGGACCAGGAGAGCAGAAGACGGAGAUUCACCAUUGCCGACUCCGAUCAGUUGCCUGGGUAUUCGGUUGAAACCAACGUUCUGCCCACAAAAAUGAGACAGAAGACACCGUCUUAUGGCAAGCCCCGGCCUCUGUCCAUGCCUGCGGAUGGGAGCUGGAUGGGGAUCGUGGACCCUUUUGCCAGACCUCGAGGCCAUGGGAAGAAAGGUGAGGAGGCCCUGUGUCGCUACUUCAGUAAUGAACGGAUCCCUCCGAUCAUCGAAGAGAGCUCCUCCCCCCCAUACCGGUUCUCCAGGCCCACCACGGAGAGGCAGCUGGUCCGAGCAGACUACAUCCGAGGCAGCAGGUGCUACCUCAGUGCAGAUCUCCAUAGCAGCGCCACGAUGCCAUUCCAGGAGGAAGGGACCAAAAAGAAAUCCGGCUCCUCCGGGGCCAAGUCCUCGUCUGCGGAACCGUCCCUGCUGGUCAGCUGGUUUACUCGCCUGAAACUGUUGACGCACUGAGCCCUGCCCUCCCCGGACUCCCCACCGCCCCCGCUCCCAAGUGCCUUGCUUCCCCCGUGGACAACCUGUUCUGAUUUUCAUGCACAGUAUUAUGUAGACACCUUUUGUGAAUUAAUUUUAUUUUAUAUUUGGAAAAUUGUACGUUGCCCUUCUUGGAAUGUUGAAGGAAGUGGGUGGGAAUGAAUCUAGAGGGUCUUAGGCGCUGGUUUGUGGAAGUGGAAGGAAGAGGUGGGUAGAGUGGGCUUUUCUUGCUUCCUUAGAGUCAGAACGUGGAGACACGCUCUACAAACCAAGCCUCUGCCAGGAAUGGUAAGGUCCCUGGGCAGAACUGGGGCAUUAUCCAUUGUUGGGGUGGGAGAAAACUGGUGGCCAUUGUCCCACAGGUGUGUUGGUUUGUGGUCCCACCGGUCCACCUGAAAAAGUCAGUGGAGAAAACAUUUUCAUUGUGAUUUUUUUCAAGCUACAUACCCCAUUUGUCAGUGUAGCUGCGGCUUUGACUUUGAAAUAACGUGUUUCGGAAGUGUCUGCCGCUCUUUCAGAGCAGAGGUGUAAGCAUAGACCUGUUACACUUGGUUCAUCCCUCUCCGUAACAGUCUCUGUGCAGGUUGAUUGAUACAGAAACACACUGAGAUAGGGCUUAUCACGCACACAGAAGUGUAUGGUUCUGCGGGGCGGUGUUUUCAUACAUUAUUGUCUUCGAGGGAGAAGAAGCUAUGGGAUUUGCUGACAGCCAAAGUAUCGUUAAGGAAAAGGAAGCCACCGGACUCAAGUUUGUGAAAGACACAUCGGUUUGCAUUUGGACCUAUUUGGUGUCUAUCUUCCAGAAAAGAACGGACAGUUCUUCAAUAUUACACAUUUUGCUAAUUAGAAAUAUCUUGGAAAGUCUCACGGUCACAGAUUUUCAAGUAGCAUCAGGUAUUUUGGAAAAGUGUGUCUGGAUAUUAACUCUUGUUUAAACUGAAUGUAUGAUAUUUUGUUAGAAUGGAAAACUACUAUCUUGUUAAUUUAAGUGUUUUAAAUAUAGUUGUAUAUUUUUCUUACUCUUAGUCACAUGUAACGGAACUAUUUCUGUUUUGCGCCAUACACAAAGCUCGUGAAAAAGAGCGUUUGGGGUGUUUUCAGGUUUACAAGUGACUGACCGCAUGGCUGUCGCCACCAGGAGCACGAUCAUUAAAAAACAAAAUAAACCCUCCCAAGAAUUUGGGAUUUUGAUGGAUUAGAAAUGGGAGUGCGAAGUAACAGUACAUGUGGGGG